GACCAAAAGCUGAAGAAGUCUUUCAGCUCGAAAAUGGCUUCUGCUAGGGUGUUGGCUUGUGUUAUAUUUUCUUUAUUUAACAUAGUUUGUGGAAAUGUACCUGUAUUGCUUUGGGAAUCAAGUAAAAGUGAUCGAGUGAAUUCUUUUCCAGCAUUGCACAGGAUAAGCAGUGAAGAUUUUCAACAGUAUGUUUUGAAAAAAGUGCAUGGAGAGCAACCUGUUCCUUUGAUUGCUGUGUUCUCUGAAGAAAGCCUUUCGAUGGAAGAUUAUAGUUGGAAAGACUCACAAGGACAAGGAUAUUUCCCUCAACUGAAGUAUAUUACAGAAAACGCUGCAAAUAUGGAGUUCCUUCCCUCUGUGCAAGAUCCAAUUGAUGCCACCAAACAGCUAUCAGAGUUUGGCUAUUCCCUGGAGUAUGUGGACUCUGACAAGACUGUUAACUUACCUGAUGGCUGUGGUAAAGUACUGGUUGUAAAAUUACAAGAAGCUGAGCCUGAUGAAGAUAGGCCUGAGCUACUUAGACGACAUGACGUGAAAAUUGCUGAAAUUUACAGUAAGCUGUUAUCUAAAUGUAGUCAUGUGAUUGGGUUUCUUUCUGGUCAACAGUCAUCAUGGGUAGAGCCAGAAGAAGUUUCAAGGAUGAAAAGAAGUCCGGAUGAUAAUAACACAAGCACAACAUACACCCUGUACCAAGAUGCAAAAGCUACAUCUUUGUUUUACUCAACCUCUCCUCCUGUUCUAGUCUAUGAGGGCAAGGAUGUUGGGCUAGGAAACUACACUACUGUUGUGACAGGAGAUAACUCUAAAGCCUUCGACAUCAAGUUAAGUGUCAAGUACACCCCAGACUACAGGGUAAUGUUCAAUUUUGACAACAAAACAAACGGCUACUGGUACCUGCGGACCAUCGAUGUACAGUACGCCAACAACCCUCCGAUCUCUCUCAAGAGUCCCAUUGAGAUUGCAGCACCACUCGACAUGUCCUUCCACAGUGGCUCGAAGGUCGUCUUCCGAAACGGUUCCACUACGUUGACAUUCAGUGAUUUUCAGAUGCAACCAUUCUUUUUGAAUAUGGGCUCGAGAUCUUUCGGUGAUGCUGUUGACGCUGUGGAAUUCUUCACGCCAGCAAUUUGGUCAGGUAUAUUCGUCACAUUCCUCUUGGGAAUCAUCUUCACAUGGGGCAUCACGAUGAUCAUGGACAUCCGAACAAUGGACCAGUUUGACGAUCCUAAGGGCAAAACCAUCACUGUGUCUGCGACUGAUUAAGUGCUGUUGGACCGUCAAGACAACCAUGAUAGUAUUCUGUUAUCAGCGGUCACUGUUUUAAAAUGUUUUCAGCAGUUAAAUUCUUUUAAUUUAAAUUAAAUAUUUGUUAACUCCUGAUGGUUCUUUAAGUGUAUAUUUGAUUGGAUCUGUAACAUUGUUUUUCCAAUAAUAUUAUUUUCACUAUUAAUUAAUUUGAAGAAUGCUUUGUGAAGGUGUUACUACAGUAUGUUGGAAAUGCUUAUUUCAUACUUAAAACAUGACACAUUUGUAUGUUUGGUGUCCAAGUCCCUAUAGUGUGUAUUCCCUCCCUAUUAGCAUCCUUCAUUGUUGAAAAUUGAGAGCACAUUCCGAAUUGUUCAUUACGUUGUAAUUCUUGUAUGAUAUGUUUAAUUUGUAAAUAAUAACAUUAGUCUAAGAAAUUACUGACUGUAUAGAUAUAGAUUAGUUUUGUUGUAGGGAAGAGAGAAGACAAUAUUUUAAUAAGUUUCUUUUAAAGUCAAUAUAUAGCAUGUAAACUCAAAAUUCUUGUUAUCUUAGUUAAUAUUGCAAUAUAAUUAGCACAAAAGUUGAUUAGUGUUUUAUUUACGUGUUAAAUCAACUAUGAACUGUUAAAGAUUUUAUUUAUUUGCAGGAAAUGUUCUACGAUUUUGAUGAGUUAUACGAACAUUAAUUAUUAAUAAAUCUGUACUUGAAGGUGAAUAAUAUAAAUAAAACAUGUAGGGUAAAAGCCACUGCCUCGUAUAUCUAUUAUUUAACACAAUAUCCAUUCUCUCAAGUGUAGUUGGGUGUUGGUUUGUCCAUUAUUAAAUCAGUAAAACAUUAUCUUGAUAUUUUUAUUCCUUGAAAAAUCCAUUUUAAAAAUAAGAAUCUGGAUAUAAAUUGUGGUGUGUUUGUGCUGUAAGUAAACAGUAAUUUUGUAAAUGUCAACAUCUCUUAUCAAUACUUGGACAUGGACAUACUGCCUCGUAUAUCUAUUAUUUAACACAAUAUCCAUUCUCUCAAGUGUAGUUGGGUGUUGGUUUGUCCAUUAUUAAAUCAGUAAAACAUUA